CGAUCGUGAACGUGAUGCAGCGGCAUGUCACUCAGGAGCUAUGCAUGACGAUCCCUGAAAGACCAGAUCAAAAGCUACAUGAUCGCCGCAAGCUCGUCUUCUCUUAAGAUGGUCAUAAAACAAAUUCAAAUAUCUUUGCCAUGAGUAACAAGACCCGUUUCAAAUAUAUUACUUGUUGAUAGACAUAGUUUUUUGCCAGCAGGAAUACAUUUACUAUUGAUGAACGAAACCACAUUGAUUCUGAUUCUUUAUGAUUAACUUCUACAAGGCGUAUAAUUACGACUCUCCUUAUUCGACAACAUUGACUUCGACAUUCGGCGUUACCUGCUUCUCUUCAAAAGAACAAGGAAGCAACCCUCCUCACUCUGUUUUUGUAAGUACUAGUUUGAAAUAAAAACGACCUUCCAUCUCGUGAUGUCAUAAAAGUCAGAAGAUGGGCAACGGCAGCUCCUCCAUUCCUGUGGUGCAGGAGUUGCACCUGAAGAGAUACCUCGGUAAAUGGUAUGAACGCGCGCGCUUGCCGGCUCCUUUCCAGAAGGGCGGUUUUGUUUGGGCCGAAUACAGUCUUUCACCGCCGACGACAGCCAGCGAGGAGAAUGGGUCGGGCAGUGCUGGUGGUGACGCUACAGCUGCUGCAGCUGCAGCUGCAAACACUACUUCUACUGCCAGCAAUAGCACAAGCUCCACCUCCGCAUCCUCAGAUGUAGUUGAUGAAAAAUAUGAGACCUUCUACGUGGUUAAUAGUGAGGAAAAGGAUGGCAGCGAGAAUGGACGCAACCGAGUUCCUGGUGUCGCGCGUCGUCUUCGAGCGGAGGCCGAUGGGCAUCUGCAAGUGAAAAUCGGGCCACAACCGUUUUGGGGAUCCUACGACGUGUUAGACACCGAUUACGACUCCUACGCACUUGUGUACUCCCGGAUAAGCUUUUUGGGGUUGUUUACUUUGAAAGAAUUUGCUUGGGUCUUGAUGCGGGAUAGUGAGGCAGCAGAUGGUGAAGUGGACAAGCGGUUGCAACAGCUCGUUCAAACUACAACGGAAAAGUGCGGCAGUAAAAUGGCAACCACAGAUUUCAUUCGCACACCUCCAAGAAGCUAUCCAAAAUAAAACUUUUAUAUUUUCAAUUGAUGGGAAAAGUAGGACUCGACAAGCAGGUGUGCUUGAUCAUAAAGAUCAACACGUGGCCAUGACUGCGAUGAAAAAAACAAUUGAAAACCUAGAGCUGCUACUAGCUGUACACUCUAUGUCUAGCACAGCACUCAACUUUUUUCUGUUCGAUUGAAGGACGACAUGCGAAUGUUGUUGAGUUGUUAUGCUACAAAGACCAAUGAAGAAAAGCGUCCCGCUUUUCUCCAUAAUCACUUGACCACAAUUCAUUCGAUUGUCGUCGUGUAAUAAAGGUUCCAUCUUCUUUUUUUUAGAAAGUCCGUGCUGCCAGCGCCGAGCUUAGCGUUACGGUUGUAAAAUGGAAAUGACGUAAAGAACCCAAAGCGGCUUUAUUAAGAUAGAUUUUCAUGUUCACGUUUCGUUCUCUACAAAGGAAGCGCGAGG